AUGCCGGCCUUGAUAGAAACUUGCGUUCCUGCUACAAGCACACAGGAGACUAUAUCGAGAAAAUACGAUGUUACACAAAACGGGUUCCUGCCCAGCUCCGCACCUUUGAGGAGGUUAACAGACCCUUAUUAUGCUCUGUGGGAAUUAUUGGCAGAGAAGCUUCCCGAGCUUUUGGAAAGAAAAUUGCUCCGAUAUAUCGUGGAUAGCAGCCAAGUUCUUUCGACAGACAGGCUACAAUCGGAAGAAGAGUGGCGACGAGCCUACGUGGUACUGGUUUUCCUGGCACAUGGAUAUAUCUGGGGCGGUGAUAGGCCUUCCGAGGUGCUCCCACCACAAAUUACAGUACCGUUGUUGAAGUUGGCUGAGCAUUUUGAUCUUCCGCCGUGUGCUACCUACGCCGGUCUGGUGCUUUGGAAUUUCGAGACCCUCAACAAUGACAGCGACUUUAGUGACCCCGACAACCUGCGUGCCAUCAAUACCUUUACCGGCACCGAGAGCGAAUCUUGGUUCUACAUGAUCUCGGUCGCACUCGAGGCCCAGUCGGCGUGGGUGAUGCCGCUCAUGGUGGAUGCCAUUGAAGCCACACACAGCCGCGAUUACGCCAAGAUGAAAAAGGGCCUGGAGCAAAUCAUCAUCGCCAUCAAGAAGAUGGAUGAGCUCCUGAAGCGCAUGUACGAGAAGUGCGACCCGGCCCUCUUCUACGACAAGAUUCGCCCGUUCCUGGCAGGCAGUGCAAACAUGGAAGCCGCAGGAUUGCCCAACGGAGUCUUUUACGACGAGGGUGACGGCAAGGGAUCGUGGCGCAAGCUCAUGGGCGGAAGCAACGGUCAGAGUUCACUCAUCCAAUUCUUCGACGUUGUCCUUGGCGUCGAGCACACUGGCGGCGCGGACAAGGCAUCCGUGCCCAAGGUCUGUCCCGUGUCCGGUAUGGCGACCGAGGAGAGCACAUCGGGAUGUCCCGUGUCGGCAGGAAAGGAGAAGAACAUGGGCUACCACGAAAAGGUACGCGCCUACAUGCCGGAGCCACACAGGCGGUUCCUGCGGAGCCUGGCACGGAUGGGCAGCCUGCAGGCCUUUGCCUCGACGCCGCAGCCCGACGCCGAGUUCGAGCAGGUCAAGGAGCUGUACCAGCUUGCGUGCAAGACCAUGGGCGACUUUCGGUGCACGCACAUUCAGGUGGUCACCAAGUACAUCAUCAUCCAAGCGCGGAAGCAGCCCGUCGGUGAGACGCUCAACUUGGCAAAGGCUUCCUCGGCGUCGGACGGAUCGGAUCUGAAGGGUACUGGCGGUACCUCCCUGGCUGCCUUCCUUAAACAAUCACGCGACGAGAGCUACGAAGCCGGGCGCGUGCCUGAUCAGCCUGCGCCAGGGGUAUCGAGCGAAUAUGCGGUCAUGUAA